AUGCGUGUUCAGCAAUUUUUCGCCGUUGCCGGCCUCCUCCUUGCCGGUAAUGGGGUCAUCGCCGCCAAGCUGGAGCGCGAUGAUGUCCCCAGACGCUGCUGGGAAGCCUGUGGUUCUGUGGUGGGAACCGCUAGCAGCUGCGAUGCGCGACACGACAAUGAUUCUGCCGAGUUGAAGUGCAUUUGCAACUGGGGUCCAGCUAAAACCCAGAUCCCUCUUUGCGCUGCCUGCAUCACACAGAGCAACCGGGAUAAUGACCGCGAUCAUGACCAUGACCGUGACGACGACCAUGAUGAUGACCGUGAUAAUGAUCGUGACAACGAUCGUGAUUACGAUGACGAUAACGAGGCCCUUGAUAUCGUCCACUCUUGCUCUUUCAGCACGACCACGUACAAUGCUGCAGCUGCCUCGAGCACGGGACCGUCAUCCAGCGGCACUAGCCCGGCUUCGGACACGGCUUCCUCUACGAACUCUGCCAACUCCAGCGGGGGACAGGGCUCAGGCACCGCGUCGGGUUCUGCUUCCCCGGCCACUGCCACUGAUGCUGGGGCGUGUCUGUCGGUGCCCUGGGUUGCAUCCGUGGCUGCCGUGGUGGGACUGAUGUCCUUUGCUUGGCUUUGA